AUGGCGAUCAACAGAGAAAUAGCAGUUUGUCUCCUUCUAAUCUUCCUUGUUAUGUCACGUAACCAUACAUUUAUGUGUGUGGAAGGCAGGCAUUUGAGGCGGCCGGGGAGUAGCCACCACAAACACCCAACGGCGUCCAAACUAAAUGGAGGGAAGGUGGCGGCCGCCGGCGGCAGCGUGGAGAGGAAGAUGAAUUACAAUGUGGAUGAUUUCCGACCAACCAUGCGAGGCCAUAGCCCGGGGGUUGGCCACUCCAUCAACAAUUAA